UCGUUUGUUGUUGUUUCAUCUCCGCUACGUCGCAAGCGUUACGUUUAACGGUUAAUUGUUUAGUUUUGAACAAAAUUUUUUGUUUUGAACAAAACUAAACUAUUUUGGCGCCAAAUUCCGCGUCAGAUUCGCGCGACCCGUCUCGGGCUAACGAAUCAACGAAGUCGACGCUGGAGGAGGCGGGCGGGGCGAGCGACAUAAAAACAUUUUUUUUUUACAAAAAAUUAACGGAUUUGAGGGAAAAGUUGCAUCCGUUUCGCGUUUAGAAGUAAUUUUUUUUAGUUUUAUCGCUGAUCGAUCGACGUUCGACGCUGCCGAGCCCGUGAAGAUGCGAGUCGCGCUCCUCUGCACGAGUUUGCUGGUUACGUGUGUGUCGAGCACGGAGGUGCUGCACAACAUUCAAGCCAACAAUCUGUUUUACUACACGCUGAAAAGAGCCGACUACCUGACAUCCAUUCCCGAUUCCAGAAGCGAUGACCCAGUGACGUUUCGCGUGAGCGCGGCCGGAUCGCCCGACAGACCGCAGUGGCUACGCUACCUGCAGAGAACCCAGCAGAGUGACGCUGUCCUAUACGGACCCCUCAACCCGGCCCACGCUGGCACGACCGUGCUGGAGGUUAUAGGGUACAACAGGAGGCUUUAUGAUACCGCCAGACACACCAUCGAAUUUAAAGUUCGUAAUUCUACAGUUCCGUUCCCAUACCAGGUGGAGCUCUUCCUGCGCAACUGGCAACUGGAGCGGUUCAUGAACGGCAGCUCAAGGACGGAGUUUGUGAAUCUGCUGCGCCGGCUCUGGGGGCUGCGGCCGACCGUCGACCUGCGCAUUCUCGACGCCGCCACCCCCUCCGAUAAAGGGGGCCGGGUCCCCGUGCCCUCCGCUCACGCCCACGCCGAAGGGCUGUACGUACGAGCCGGGAGUCCCCAGUCCUUCCCUCCCCAGCUGGUGGCAUUGAGACGCCAGGAGAUCCGGGACACAUGCCGUCGUGGGGACACGCCACGGCUGGACGUGGACCUGCGCUUGAGAGCCGUGGGCAUGGAGGUGGACUGGUGCCGCUCACAGCUGCUAGAUGUACCGGCAGAGGCGAGUGCGGCCAGGGGGUGGGGAGCAGCGGCCGUGCCGGCUGAGCGGUGGACGGGCCUCGAGGAGCUCGGAGAGUUCAGCCCGCCGGACGCCGCCGCCGCCGCCGACGCCGCCGCGCGCCACCUCACUCGCGACUUUGCGCUGGCGCUCGGCGUGCCCUGCGGCGCCGCGCUGCUCGCCUCGCUCGUGCUCGCCCACGUCAUGUGCUGCCGCCGCGAGGGCAGAUCCAAACGAGACAAAAAGACUCCAAGCAUGCAACUCCUGCGGUAUCAGGGCAUCAAGCAAGCCACGCUGGAGCUGAGGAAUCUGUCUUACCAGCGACCUCAGGUCGCCCCCAUGGCCACGUGCCGGGGUUUCGACCCUCUCCGCCACGACCACCCUGGUGCCCGCGGAGCUCACGUGCCGCUUGUGUAUCAUCAGCAGUGAACGACUGGUCGGGUUUUCCGUGACACCGCGGUACUACACGGUGCAUGUCGUACGGCAGAAGAGCCACGAUAAUCUGUUUCUGCAAACUUAUUUGUGGGAUUAUGGUGACUGUGUUUAAGGUUGUGGCGAUAUGGCGAUACGCCGUGAUGGAAAUUUGCCCGUACGCGGUACACUAUAAUGGCACUUUUUUUAACAUUUCCCAUUCCUAUACAGCAAUUAUUCCAUAGGGGGGGCGAUGGCAGGUGUGUGUGUGUGAGAGAGUGUGAGCGAGCGUGUCGCUGUGUCAGGCUGAGUGGGUGUGAAUGUGUAACAGUGUUGGUGUGAGUGUGCGAGGGUUUGUCUGUGAGUAUGAUUUUGUGUGUGAGGGUUUGUAAGUGCGAGUGUGUGUGCCAGUGUGUCAGCGAGUGUGAGGGUGUCAACGUGAGGGUGUGUGCGUGACAGUGAGGGUGCGAUUGAGGGUGUGUGUCUCUUACUGAAUAUUGGCUGCAGGACAAAUAGGGUUCAUACCGGUACUUGUACAGUUUACAUUUUGACCACUGGUGCUACAAGUCAAGUCGAUUUUGUUUAACCAGGUGAAAAGAGACCUGGAGUUGCAAUUGUCACCAGGGUCACCAAAAUGACACAACCAAAGACAUUCAUACAAAGUACUAAAAAGCUAUGAAGCAUUAAGAAUGUACGUUGAACUUUUUUCGCACUGUAUGUAGCCAACAUGAGAGAUUGAAAAUACAAAAUAUUUUAUAUAAGAUCUAUGAUUAUGAUGUCACGUGCCAAGCAAUGCAUGAUGGGAGAAUCGGUCGAUCACGAUUGUGCCUAAUCUUGAUUUGAAACUUGCCUCUUGGUGUUUAGAAAUCGCCGUUUGUAUUACAGUAUCAUUAAACGUAUUUGAUUUUCAUGUUGGCCAAGUAUUGGAAUACUGUUUGCUUUUAUGUCGUUCCAUAAUACAAGUGUUCUUAGGUGUUGGUCACCCUGGUGGUGGUUACCAGGGCCGUAUGAUCCACUAGGCACAGUAGGCACAGUGCCCAGGGACUACGAAAACUAAAGGGCCUGCCAAACACAUUUUUAACCAUGUUUUUCUGGUUGUAUGAUAAAAAAUGCAACCAAGAUAUCUUCUCGAAUAAAUAUAUUUAUAUUGCAAGGAUAGGCACAGUGUAUAUGCAAAGACGCAGAGUCAUGUCAAUAUCCAAAAAAAAUUAAUAAGGUGCGAGAAAGUUAAAACUGGAAAUGAACUUUUCUAGAUUUAUUUUCAUUGGAAAAUUUGCAAUAACAUCUUCAAAUGGUAUUUUGCGCACACUCUCAAUAGAGAGUAGUGCGAGGGAAGACAAGCGUUGUUGUCCUAUGGUUGAUCGGAGACAGUUUUUUUAAAAUCAGCUUUAUCUCAAAUAAGUAAUAUUUAAAAAAACUUUUUUUUAAAAACACGCUUUAAUGAAAUGUACCGUACUCGUAAUGGCAAAACUCCACGACUCCAGGAAGUGGCCCCGAAGCUUGCCAUAACGUAAGGUACCGUGGUGAUUUACAGCCAACGUCAGUUGAGCGUGGACAAUUAGACCCAAGCCUGAAACAUAACAUAUAAAAAUGAAUGUUUAAAAAUAUUUUUUUUAUCGAAUAUAGUAUUGUCAUCAGUAUGACAUAAGUAUACCAAGUUUGCAGUCGAUACCACAUUGGGAAGUGGGUUAAAAUUGAGUUACAAGAUUUGAGGAUACGACAACAACAACAGAGUGAGUUAAAAGAAAGCGUGUAAUAAGUAUAACCCGUAAAAACAAAGUUUUUCACUAUAAAUCCUUUAUAUGCGUGGCAGCGAACUUAAUAUAAAGGAUUUAAAAAUAUAUUCGCCUGUGGUGGACGCGGGGAUCGAUCCCGCGACCUUUGGCAUGGGAAGCGAGGGCGCUACCAACUGCGCUACUCCGCCAC